UAUUCUAGACCAAACAUUAAAAAAAUCACCUGCGAAGUGAGGAGGCUGGAGUUCACUAAAUUCAACAGAAGAAGCCCCACGAAUACUCUUUCCACCAGUCUGUAACAGCACUGCAGUUUAGUUGUUUUCCUCGGUGCAACCUUAUGUCGAUGGGUGCAACGGAAGACAACAGUGCGACACUGCCCUCACCUGGUGGACAGGUGAACUGCAGAUCCAUUUCUCUCACAAUAAAAGAUGCUCCCAGACAGCGGCGGCUGUCUGAGCGCGCAACAGAACGGUCCAGUUACAGAUGUUCGGCAUUUUUGCUGAUUUGGGUUGACUUGUGUGUGCUCGCGCAGCUCGUCCCGGACUCAUCUUCCUCCUCUACCUGCUGAGUCGGAGAAAUAUCUGCUCUGAGAUCCGCCCCUCCCGCUCAGGCCGGUUCUUUUAUCCGCCGUGUCCGACAUGACGUCCAGCAGCAGGUACAAGAGCCGGGCGCCUCGCGCAGAUGAUGCGGAGGUAAGGGACAGCAGGGAAAAGGCUGAGGACAAGGAGUAUGUGGGUUUUGCAACGCUUCCAAACCAGCUUCAUAGGAAGUCGGUGAAAAAAGGCUUUGACUUCACACUGAUGGUGGCAGGUGAGUCUGGCCUGGGUAAAUCUACGCUGGUGAACAGCCUUUUCCUCACUGAUCUGUACAAAGAGAGAAAGCUGCUGAAUGCCGAGGAGCGAAUCAAACAGACGGUGGAGAUCACCAAGCGAACUGUAGACAUUGAGGAGAAAGGAGUGAAGCUGAAACUGACCAUCGUGGAUGUGCCCGGGUUUGGAGACGCCGUCAACAACACAGAGUGCUGGAGGCCGGUUACAGACUACAUAGAUCAGCAGUUUGAGCAGUACUUCAGAGAUGAGAGCGGGCUCAACAGGAAGAACCUUCAGGACAACAGAAUCCACUGUUGCCUUUACUUUAUUUCCCCAUUUGGACAAGGGCUUCGUCCCAUUGAUAUCGAGUUCAUGAAGGCCCUUCAGGACAAAGUUAAUGUGGUUCCUCUCGUCGCUAAAGCUGACUGCCUCACUCCACUUGAGAUAAAGAAACUGAAAGAGCGGGUGAGGGAGGAGAUUGAUCGGUACGGACUGAAGAUCUACCAGUUCCCUGACUGUGACUCUGAUGAAGAUGAGGAGAUCAAACAGCAAGACAAAGAGCUGAAGGAGAGCAUUCCGUUUGCAGUAAUAGGUGGAAACACGGUGGUGGAGGUUCGAUGUCAGAGGGUCAGAGGACGGCUCUACCCAUGGGGCAUCGUGGAGGUAGAGAACUCGUCCCACUGCGACUUUGUGAAGCUCAGGAACAUGCUGAUCAGGUCACACAUGCAUGACCUGAAGGACACCACCAACGACUGUCACUAUGAGAACUACAGAGCUCAGUGUAUCCAGACCAUGACCAGUAAGAUGACUGCAGAAAAGAGGGUAGAGAGUCCCAUCCCAGUUCUGCCACUGUCCACGCCAGAUGUAGAGACAGAGAAGCUCAUCAAAAUGAAAGACGAUGAACUGAGGAGGAUGCAGCAAAUGCUUCAGAAGAUGCAGCAGCAGAUGCAUGAGCAGGACCUGUGACCUCUUACCUUUCUGUCAUGGCGAUAAUAAUCUCUCACAGUAAUCCUCCACUGAUGCCCUUCUAUCAGGGAUGAAAUCUUUAUUCACUUUCAAAUCACUGCUCUCAUGUACAAAACAACGAACGACAGUAUGUUUUCUUUUGAAUGCAAUCAGUAGCCAAGUGAACCUAGAUAGGCAAUAGAGAAUAGCUAGCACUUAACCUUUAGACCACAUUGUGUUCUGCACUUGAAGCACUGGUCACACUUUGUGCUUCUUAAUAAUUUUGAAUAUCCUCCCUAAAUGAAUGCAAAACAAACAGUUCAAUUCAAAUGAUGUUGUUAAUCUCAUGAUAUUAUUUUUGCUAUAUCUGAUUAUGUUUAAUCAGUUAUUUUAGCAGAUUAGAUGUGGGCAGGAAGGAUCUGGAUCUGAAAGAGCCUCUGAUCAGGUUUUUCAUCAUGUUCUUUUUAUAAGGUAUUCUCCUUUAGUCAUUCAGAUCCAAAGACCACAGAACUGAAGUACGAACAUUCUAAUACACUGCCCACCAAAAGAAAAGUUCAAACACUCUAAAAUUUUAUUGGACUGCCUUUAGCUUUGAUUACAGCAUGCAUUCACUGUGGCAUUGUUUUGAUUAGCUUCUGCAAUGUCACAAGAUUUAUUUCCAUCCAGUGUUGCAUUAAUGUGUCACCAAGAUCUUACAUUGAUGAUGGCAGAGUCUGACCACUGCACAAAGCCUUCUCCAGCACAUCCCAAAGAUUCUCAAUGGGUUUAAGGUCUGGACCACGGCUUAAUUUGAGCCGGAUCUUGCCCGAACUAGAUCCGGGAACUGUCUUAUUUUGAAAGUACCGUUCUGGCAACUGUCUGCUAGGUUCCGGCAACUCACGCGACCAACUUGUGCUAUACGCAGGGUCCGAAUUACGGGUGAGCUAAAAUUCAAUUCAUUUCAAUUCAAAAAUACUUUAUUAAUCCCAGAGGGAAAUUGAUUGCUGUAGUAGCUCAGAAUAAUAAUAAUAAUAAUCAAGUCAACAAAGAGUUAUUGUAUAUUACAAUGGCUGUUGGCAGGAAGGAUCUCCAGUAGCGGUCAGUGUUGCAGCGAAACUGAAGAAGCCUCUGACUGAAGACACUCUUCCGUUGUUGGACAGUCUUGUGAAGAGAACGCUCAGGGUUGUCCAUCAUUUUCUUGAUUCUCUGGAGAAUCCUUCUUUGCAUCAUCUCCUCCAGUGGUUCCACAGUCGUCCCCAGAACAGAACCAGCCUUUUUUAUUAGGCUGUUGAGCCUUUUCAGGUCCCUGCUUCUGAUGUUACUAGCCCAACAGACGAUGGCUGAAGAGAUUACAGUCUCAACAACAGACUUGUAGAAGAUCUGCAGCAUCUUGCUACAGACACUGAAGGACCUAAGCGUCCAAGAAGUGCAGUCUGCUGUGCCCCUUCUUGUGAACAGCUUCGCUGUUCUUUCUCCAGUCCAGUCUGUUGUCCAGGUGAACUCCAAGGUAUUUGUAUUCCUCAACCACCUCCACUUCUUCUCCCAUGAUGGAAACAGUGUUUGACUCCACCCUGUUUCUUCUGAAGUCUAAAAUCAUCUCCUUUGUUUUGUUCACAUUCAAGGUCAGAUGAUUGUUUCCACACCAUGCCACAAAGCGCUCCACCAGCUCUCUGUACUCAGCUUCCUGUCCAUCUCUGAUACACCCGACAACUGCAGUCAUCUGAGUAUUACUGUAGAUGACAGGUCUCUGAUUUGUACUGGAAGUCUGAGAUGUACAGGGUGAAAAGGAAUGGUGAGAGUACAGUCCCCUGUGGUGCUCCAAUGUUACUGAUCGCCUGGUUUGAUGUGCAGUUCUUCAGCCUCACAAACUAGUCUGUUUGUCAGGUAGUCUUUAAUCCAAGCGAUAGUUGAGGCCCCCACCUGUGUCUUCUGGAGUUUCUGGCAAAGUACAUCAGGCUGUAUUGCGUUAAAUGCACUAGAGAAAUCAAAGAACAUGACCCUCACAGUGCUGCCUGCUUUGUCCAGAUGACAAUGGAUUGGUUGAAGCAGCUGGAUGAUGGCAUCUUCAACUCCAACUCCAUGGCGAUAAGCAAACUGCAGCGGGUCCUUAUAUGUCCUAGUUUGCUUAUUCAGGUGGACCAAAAGGAGUCUCUCCAGGACCUUCAUGAUGUGGGAUGUCAGGGCAGCCAGUCUGUAGUCGUCACUGACUGAUGGGCGAGUUUUCUUUGGAACUGGAACAAGGCAGGAUGGCAGCCUUGUUCCUGUUCAGUCUCUCCAGCUGCCUCUUCAUCUGACUUCUAGAGACAGAUAGGUGGGAGGGAGAGGUAAAUGGGGCAGCAGCAUCUCCUGACUUGGUUGAAGACAGAUUUAUAGAACCAGAAGAGUCCAUGACUGCGUUAGAGGAAAAAAGAGCUGGCGUGUGACAGGAAAAUGUUGGAUCAGAGAAGGAUGGGAUGUAGGGUUGUCACGGUAUGAAAAUUUAACCUCACGGUUAUUGUGACCAAAAUUAUCACGGUUUUCGGUAUUAUCGCGGUAUUUUUUAAACGGUGUUGCAUAUGUUCAGAAAGCAUUGAUAGUCCUGUUCUACACAAACUGAAAUAGUUUUGAAAAGGUUUAACAGUGUUUAUUAAACCUAAAAUAACACAAAGCCUUAGCAAAAGUGCAACUUUUCACAAGUAAAGGAACAAAUAGCUUCUUUUUCUGGAACAUGUUACAGUAGACAGUGCAGGUUUAAAUUAUACAAAUCCAAACAUUCAAAUCAUAAACAAUAUGUAAACAAAUCAAAGAAUCAUCACUUGUUUUCUCAUAUACUUGUUUUCUUCAUUAUCAAAAUGAAAAUCUAAAACUCCAGUCCACACUUGACUUGAGCACUGUACAAGUCAACCUUAAAAAAAUAUGUAUUUAAAAUAAAUAGCCACUUUAAACAAAUUACUAAAAUAACUACUACACUAUGUAAUCAAAUCCAAAUGUUCAAGUAUAAAUGGCAUUGAAUAAUUAAACAAAUCAAUGACAAGGAACUAAUUGUAUAUUUCUCUUCAUCAUCAACAAAUAAGAUGCUUCAUCCAGCAACAGGGUGUCCGUGACACGGUUUAAAUGCUGGCAGAGGGCGCUGCGGCUGCAGGAUAUAGUGACUCGUUGCAUUCUCCCUCAACCAAAAGUCCUCACGUCAUGCAUUUAAGCUAAAAUGCUAAUGUUAACUUACCUUGCACUGGCUGUAGAGACGUGGGUGAUGGUCACGCAGAUGUGCCAUUAGAUUCGAAGUGUUGCUGCCUUUUGCAGACACUUGUUUCCUGCGCGUUCUGCAAACGGGAUAGCCGUCUUCCAUUAACUGUCCCUCAGCGUUUUUCAGAAAUCCAAAAUAUGCCCAUACUUCCAAUUUAGUCUUCUUUGAGGGCUGAUGGAUGUCCUGGGCGCUGCCGUCUCCUCCUUCGGCCAUUAUUUCAGCUUCAAAGUUUUGGUGCCGUUGCAAACUAAAAAGUGCGUGUGUGCGCCGCGGGAACUUCAGCUGAAGCGACGGUGGCUGGUAAGGGUCACCGCGCUGAAACCGCGGCCACGGUAAACCCACCGAGAUAAUUUAGUUUUUUAAAAACUGGACGGUUAUUUUUAUUGUCAACUUUUUUACCGGGUUUUACCGCUAUACCGGUUACCGUGACAACCCUAAUGGGAUGUCUGAUUGGCUGGGUUUGGCUGGGUUUGUUCCUGAACUGAACCUAUUGAAGAACUUGUUCAGUUCAUUGGCUGUGUCCAGGCUGCCAUCUGUGCAAUCCUUCCUCUGCUUGAAGCCUGUGAUCUUCUUCAUCCCUGACCAGACAUCUCUGAUGUUGUUCCUCUGUAGUUUGUUCUCCAGCUUCUUCCUGUAUGCCUCCUUGCUGUCUCUGAUCUUGAUCUUCAGUUGUUUCUCUAUACUCCUCAAUAAUUCCCUGUCUCCCUCCUUGAAGGCUCUUUUUUUCUCUUUUAGCAGAUUCUUCAGUUCACUGGUGAUCCAGGGUUUGUUAUUAGCGAAGCAUCUCACUGUUCUGGUGGGUAUGAUGUUGUCCACACAGAAGUUUAGUCAGUAACACAUCCAGUCAUGGCAUUGAUGUCCUCUUCAUAUCCUUGGCAGAGAGUCAUCCAAUCUGUGGUCUCAAAACAACCCUGCAGGGCUUCUUCAGCGUCCUGUGACCAUUUUCUCGCAGUUCUUCUUGUCACAUGUUGCCUCUGAACAAGUGGUUUGUAUUCUGAGCAGAGAAAAACAAGACUGUGAUCCGAUUGUCCCAGAGGAGGUCUUGUUUGGGACAUGUAUGCAUUCUUUACAUUUGCGUAAUACAAAUCCAAUGUCUUGUUUUCUCUGGUGGAGCAGCUGACAAACUGUUGAAUUGUUGGAAGUGUAGCAGAGAGCGAGGCAUGAUUAAAAUCACCAGAUAUAGCCAUAAAUGCAUUGGGGUGCUGGGUUUGUAGCUUAGCGACAACGGAACUGAUGGCAUCACAUGCAUUUUCAGCAGUGGCUGAAGGUGGAAUAUAAAUGGUUGCCAAGACAACACUGGUGAACUCUCUUGGCAAAUAGUAUGGGUGACAACUUACUGCCAAGAAUUCAACAUCUGGGCUGCAGAGACGACAUUUCACUGAAACAUGACUUGGAUGGCACCAUCUGUUGUUGACAAGCACUGCCACUCCACCUCCUUUUCUUUUCCUGCUUCUCUUCAGAUCUCUGUCUGCUUGUACAGUCAGGAAUCCUGGCAGAGAUAUGCUGGAAUCGGGGAUAUGGUCCUGCAGCCACGUCUCAGUGAAACACAUAACACUGCACUGCCGAAACUCUGGCUGGGUCCUUGAAAGGGCUUGGAGCUCCUCCAUCUUGUUGGCCAGUGAUCUCACAUUGCCCAUUAUGAUCGAUGGAAGAGAUGGUUUGGAUUUCCUCUUUCUCUGCCUCUGUUUUGCUCCCGCUCUGCACCCAUGCUUAUUGCGUUUUAGCUCAUUUGGGAUUUGUGGCUUCAGUUGAGGUAUUAUUUCAGCCUUUCCUAUGUUAAUCAGCUGUUCCCAAUUGUAAACCAGCUUGUUGCCAUGGUUAUGCAUCAUAACAAAUGCUCAAAAAGUGAAAAAAGUUAAAAAUAGCAGUCAAAAUCCUCCAAGCUUCACAGCACCAGAAACAGAAAAGUAAAAUGUCCAAAAAAUAUACUGUUUUUCUUGAGAAACUAGAAGAAAAAAUGUCCAAGAAAAGGCUAAACUUACAUGUAGUCAACAGAGCUACUCCAACAUGCAGCCACCCAGAGCAGCGCAGUUCCGGAAUCUCCUUCCUGGAAGCCUUCAAUUUACACACCCAGGGGGAGCCCGAGAAAGAUCCUGGGUCUACUUUUAUUACAUUAUUUAUGUGGACUUAUUUUACAUUACUUAUAUUACAUUAUUUAUGUGGACUCUCUGGGGAUUAUUACAUCGUUUAUGUAGGCUCAUAUCCUUUUAUGCUUUUUGUCUUUUAUUUGUGCCUGAUGCGUUUCGCUGCUGCGGAGUCGAGUGCAUCACCUCACCUGUUUUGUCCUCCGGUGACUUCACCUCACUGGUGAUGAUCUUUUUGAGCUGCAGUUCAAAGGUAACUCAUAAGGUGAAAAUAUAUGAAGCCAGGUAGCAGUUUUUCUUUAGGAUUGAGAGGACAUGCAGGAAGAUAAUAAACAGAGACAGGACAGAAAAAUAGUCAAAUAAAAACAAGUUUGUUUUUGUACCUGGUGGUUGCAACAAACAGACACCAUUGAAGGUAAUCAGAAGUGAGGAACAGAAAAUGAAAUUGUUCUUUCAAUGUUUGGAUCAACAGAAAAUCUGAGAGGCUGCAGGCGCACCAGUGACUUUGCAGCCGCUGCACAGGGGGAGGGGGGAGAGGGCUGAAGCAGGGGAACAGUAAAGAUGCAAAAACUACCAUUGUUAAAAGAAAUGUGUGUUAACUUUGAAAAUGUGGAUGCAUGUUUUAAUUACUUGUCAAAAGCUCAAGUGACACCCCCCCCCCCCCCACCCCCCCACCCCCCCCACCCCACCCCAUGUUCCGGCAUCUGCUUUACCUUUAGUGAACUUUGGUUUGACAUCAGUAUUUGUGUUCCAGGAACGUUUGAUUUACAAAUUAAGCACUGGUCUGGACUCUGUGGUGGCCAAUCCAUGUGGGAAAAUAAUGUCUCCUGCUCCCUGAACCACUCUUUCACUAUCUGAGCCUGAUGAAUCCUGGCAUUGUUACCUUGGAAUAUGCUCGUGCCAUCAGGGAAGAUGGAAUAACCAGGUCAUUCAGUAUAUUCAGGUAGUCAGCUGACCUCAUUUUUAGAGCACAUUCUGUUUCUGAACCUAGACCUGACUAAGUGCAGCAACCCUAGAUCAUAGCACUGCCCCCACAGGCUUAUACAGUAGGCAUGAUGGGUGCAUCACCCCAUCUGCCUCUCUUCUUACCCUGAUACACCCAUCACUCUGGAACAGGGGCCAACUGGACUCAUCUGACCAGUUUUUAAUAAUGUGUUGGACAGUUCUUAACCCAGUUUUAGUCAUUUCUGCAAUCUCCUUAGAUGUUUUCUCUGCUUGAUGCAUGCUAAUGAUCUGACCCUUCUCAAACAGACUAACAUCUUUUCCAAGACCAGCAGACGUUUCUUUCCACGUGGUUGUUUAAGAAAUGAGAAGCAACCAGUUGGGGUUAAAUAAUUUGUCACCCAUGCAGCAAUUAACCAAUAGGAAGCUCCUACCUGUUUGCUUAGUUAAAUCCAAGUGGUGACUUUUAUUUUGGCCAGAUAGUGCAGUUUUUUAUACAACAGCCCUAAAUGUGACACUUACAAAUUAGCGUCGGUACAGUCCCUUACUACACUGUACGGGACCAGAAUUUAGUUUUACACAUGGGUCAGAUUUGGGUUUUCGGUUCUGAGGCAACACUUUUUUCAGAUCUCCUCCGCAGCGGUCAGACUGGGACUGAGUUGACACUACGGACUGGUUAGUUGGCUAAAAUUACAACUACCCCCUCAGAUCAGCGACUACAAUCAUCCAGCAGGGGGUUCCCGCAUGCGCAAUUCAUUUUUAUGCUGGAUGCUGUUAAGUAAACUUCUGUCUGUAGCACGGAGCUGCCAAUCAGUGGGAAAGGGAGAAGGGAGUGAGUGUGUGUGUGUGUGUGUGUGUGUGUGUGUGUGUGUGUGUGUGUGUGUGUGUGUGUGUGUGUGUGUGUGUGUGUGUGUGUGUGUGUGUGUGUGUGUGUGUGUGUGUGUGUGGCCUGCAGCAGCGGAGCACAAGAUUAUGAGGACACACACAGCAAAUUAAUAAAAUAAUGUGGUUCAGAGUCUCCAAAAGCAACACAGCUUAAGCCCACCUUUGUUUACCUUAUUAUGGAGGACACCACGGACUUUCCAGCGCGUAUUAAACACCGCCCACUGGCUCGGGUUUUCCGCAUUCCUGAGAAGUCCUUCGGAUUUAAAUGUGAAAACUACACUAGACCAGACCAAACUCACACCAUCCAGCCCCAACAAACCCUGACCAUACCGACGCUAAUGUGUAAGCACCAAUAAAGUUUUUCACAAUUAAAGAAGCUGCCAAUGCUCACAUUACCCAAGUCAGCCAGCAAGAUGAAAAGAUGGAUAAAUGCUAAAAGACCAUUCAGGGAGCACUUUUUAAAGCCUUAUCAGAUAGGUCACUAUAAUACCCUUACAGUCUUUACCUUGCCACCAUGUUUCAUAAAGUGUGUUUUCCACUUCUGUGAUAUGAUGAAGAGGAGCCCCUUUUUAAGGCUUGUCCUUAAAAGCACCAAUAAAACUAGCCGACAGUGACAGAUGCACCAUUGGUUGGAAUAGAGCUCUGCACCAUUGACCAGCCCCCCUCUGUUGGUUCAGAUGUAUGUCGGUGAUGACUACUCCCUCAUUUCUGCCUUGGUUCUUAUGCAAGCCACACCAAGGUUUUGCUAAAGAAGCUGUAAACAAAUAGUAAGCAUGCCAAUAACUUCAUCUAUAUAAAGUGUAUUUAAACUUUUAUAUAUUUGGGUAUGUAAAUGUUGGUUUAAUAUAUUACAGGUAUCUUUGCAUAUCUGUCUGAAUGUAAAAAAUCUGAAAACCAACAGUUCUGGCCAGCUUUAGGUCCUAAUAGUUCACUGGCAGGGUGAAAAGUUUCAUUCAAGCUGAAUAAGACCCAACUAAAAGGGAUUAAUGUUAAGUUUUAUGGUUCAUAGUAGAUCAUAUUUAGAACUUGUAAAAUAUCCAUAAUCUUCUGCCUUUAUAGCAAACUAAAUGCUGGACAUCUGCUCAGCUUGUCCUCAUCUCUCUACAUCUGAUGCUGCAGUCAUCAGUUAGGAAAUGGAAACACUGAUGAUGGAUGGAUGUGAAACCCCAGCAGCCAGUCCUGUUCUAAACAAACAUGGUGCUCUGGUACAACAGUCUGUGUAAGAUGUAAUAAUGAAAAGUGAAGACGAUUCCCUCUUUGUUUCAACUACUCGCUGCUCCACAUGUUUGCUUCAGAACUUGAUCUUCAGCCAUUCUAAUGGACCAGUGCACCUCCAAACAUCCCCUUUUGUCACUAGUCAGCCCACACUGCAUGCACACAUUAAUAUUAUAACUAAUACUGACUGGAUGUUUCAGUGGGAUUGUUUGUUGUCUUCAGCUGCAGCACAGCUUAGAUGUUUCAUGUUUAAUUACAUUAGAUGAAUUAGACUCAUUGGUGAAUGGCAACAACACGUUUCAUUCAUAAAUAUAACGCCACAGAUUCAUUAGGCUUAUGGGCAAACUAAGAAAAGGAAAACAACCUGCAUUCAGAUUCUGUCUGACUCUGCUGAACUCCACACUCAGGAUGUAAGGAUUGCCUUGUUUCUCAUUAGUUUUUUAUGGUACACUCCUGAAAAAGAAAAAAAAAAGAUCACUUACUUUAUCCUAUUUGUUACUUUUGUUUCUGACCUGUGAUUGCACUGUAAAAACUACAUUAUGUGCUGGUUUCUAAUAAACGUGUUGAUAAUG